AUGGAAGAUAUAGAAGAUGUUAUUCGUGUUCCUGCAACUGUUAAUUUAGGACGAGAUUAUGUGAUUGUUAGAAAACGUCUGAAAGGUGAUGGUGAAAUAUUUUACGGUGAUAGUUUUGUUCCUGGAACACAAAAAAUUUACAUAAGAACAUGGGGUUGUACACAUAAUACAAGCGAUUCUGAGCAAAUGGCUGGUUUAUUAUCUGCAGCUGGUCAUCAACUGACCAAUAAAAAAGAAGAUGCAUCUUUAUGGAUACUAAACAGUUGCACUGUAAAGACACCAUCUGAAACACAACUUGAAAAUAUGGUUAGAGAAGCUCGAAAGUUGAACAAAUUUAUUAUUGUAGCAGGUUGCGUAUCUCAGGCUGAACCAAAUUUGCGAUUUUUGGAUGGAAUUUCAAUAGUUGGAGUUAAACAGAUUGAGUGUGUAACACAGGCAGUGGAAGAAACACUGAAAGGAAAUUGUGUGCGAUUCUUGUCGCGAAGGAAACAAAAUUCUAAUCUGUUACUUCCAAAAAUACGAAAGAAUAAAUUUGUAGAAAUUCUUGCAAUUAGUAGUGGUUGUUUGAACCAUUGCACUUACUGCAAAACAAAAUCUGCUCGUGGAAAUCUUGUUAGCUAUCCACUUGAUAGUUUAUUAGAACGAGCACGAAAUGCAUUUGCUGAUGGUUGCAAAGAACUUUGGCUAACAUCAGAAGAUUUAGGUGCUUGGGGUCGCGAUAUUGAUAUGGUUUUACCAGAUCUAUUAAAUGCACUAGUAGAGAUUAUUCCCGAGGGAUGCAUGCUGCGACUGGGAAUGACAAAUCCACCAUACAUACUGGAUUUUCUUGAGGAGAUUUCGGAAAUUUUGAAUCAUCCAAGGGUUUACUCCUUUCUUCAUAUACCUGUCCAAUCGGCAAGCGAUGCUGUACUAUCGGACAUGAAACGUGAAUAUACCUGUACUGAUUUCUGCCGAGUUGUUGAUUACAUGAUUCAAAACGUUCCAAAUAUCUAUAUAGCGACAGAUUUCAUUUGUGCCUAUCCAACCGAAACAGAAAGUGACUUCGAGGAGAGUAUGGCAUUGGUACGGAAGUAUCGUUUCCCUUCAUUGUUUAUUAAUCAAUUUUAUCCUAGAAUUGGAACUCCAGCUGCAAAUUUGAAGAAAAUCGACACCAUCGAAGCCCGUCGUCGGACCGCAGAAAUGUCAUCGCUUUUCCGGUCUUAUUCAAGAUACAACAAAGAACGAAUUGGUGAAAAACAUCGAGUCCUUGUUUGUGAAUUGGCAACUGAUCAGCAGCAUUAUGUAGGCCAUAACAAACACUAUGAACAUUUUCUUAUACCUUCCAAGAAAUGCCUUUUAGGCAAGUGGGUUCAGGUGCGCAUUACAGAUGUUUCUAAAUUUUACAUGAAAGCUGUGUUAAUAGGUGGUGAUAUUAAUGCAUGGUUAAGCAAUGAUUCGAUGGCUAUUAUCUCGGUCCUAGCACAUAGUUACCGAAUAACAGCUUUUAGUAUAAUCAUGUCGAUCCUCAUUUUUUGGUUGCUGUUGUUGUAG